AGAAUCUGAAUCGUACGGCAAGCACGCAUCCAUCUGCCGCGCUGCGCCGCCCGGAGCAUUUGACCAUCCCUCACUUGCUCGUCGUCUUUGGAGUGGCUGAUAUUUUCUCAAUUCCGGCUCCGACAGAUCUCUCUUGCAGUCGCUUCGCUUUCUUCGGCUUUUUUGUUUUUCCCAUUUCUGUGUCCGAAUUUUACUGACCUGCUCAGAUUAAAUUUACAGCUACUGAGUGGACUUUUUGCUACCGAAUUGUCCGUUAUAUUUCCAUUUUAUGGGAACCGAGGAUUUCAUUGCAUUGCCAGCUUCUGGUGAUUUUGGAAAUGAAAAUGAGAGUAAUGAAUCUCUUAGUUUUAAUGAAACAAGAGAAGCUUCUUCUCAAUCAAGUGUUUUGGAGUGCAAGGACAAUCCUGCAAGCAUAGAGAAGGUUGAGCUUGCAGAUGAUGUGCAGUUGGAAGAUAUGCGUUGCAUACCCCAAUCUGGCCUUAAUGAUGAAACACAAUGUUCUGAAUCAGAUAUGGAAAUUGAGGAUUUGGAUAACCUCCCAGAUUUAAGUAAGACUAGAAGUACAAGUGAGAAUUAUAAAAUACGGAGUGAAGCCGAAUACCUGCCAGUCAACUCUGUAGAUGAGAAUAUACUACCAAGCAUAGAGCCCUUGCAGCAGAAUGAGCUUCAUUUAAGAUCUGAAGAUGUUUCUCAUGCCGAAAGUAAAAAAAUUCAGAAGGAUUUGGUUGACAAUUCAUCCUUCUCGAAAACUAGUGGUCUAUUGACUCUAGCCACUGGAGUUUCCAUUGAGAAUGGUUCGGCCCCAUCCCAUCAUCAUGGAGGCCCCAGAAAGAUUCACAAGAGUGAUGCAAUAUUAGGUGUCAAAAAACCAAGGAUGGCCAUGGAUGAACAACAACCUUCAGUGCACAUCGUGUAUACUUCUUUAACAAGAGAUAGUAAACAAAAGCUGGAUGAAUUAUUAAAGCAGUGGUCUGAGUGGAAUGCUCAACGAGGUUCUCCAUCACAAGGUGAUAAAGAAUCUAAAAACCUAGAAUCUGGAGAAGAGACCUUCUUCCCUGCUCUAUGUGUCGGCACAAAGAAGACUUCAGCAGUGACUUUCUGGAUUGACAACCAAACAAGUGAACAGCCGCAAAAUUUUGUUCCUAUAGAUGAUAAUUCGGUGCCGCUAUACGAUCGGGGAUUCACUUUGGGACUGACUUCAGCCAAUGAUUCGAAUAAUGCGGAAGGAGGCCAGAAGAUAAUUGAUGAUGCUAGCCGUUGUUUCAAUUGUGGUUCUUACAACCAUUCCUUAAAGGAUUGUCGAAAGCCUCGAGAUAAUGCUGCUGUUAAUAAUGCUCGCAAUAUGUAUAAAAAACAUAAUAGCUCUGGCUCCCGGAAUUCAACUCGAUAUUAUCAGAGUUCACGUGGCGGGAAGUAUGAUGAUUUGAGGCCAGGAGCUCUUGAUGCUGAAACACGGCAACUGUUAGGUCUCAAGGAGCUUGAUCCACCCCCUUGGCUUAACAGAAUGCGAGAGCUGGGCUACCCACCUGGAUAUCUAGAUCCGGAAGAUGAGGAUCAGCCAUCAGGGAUUACAAUAUAUGCUGAUGAGAAAGGUGACGAACAGGAAGAUGGGGAAAUUACUGAGCCAGAGUACCGUAAACCAGGAAAGAAAAUGAGCGUUGAAUUUCCUGGAAUAAAUGCUCCAAUCCCAGAAAGUGCAGAUGAAAGACUUUGGUCUGCUGAACCUUUGAGUUCGGAUCUCCCUAGAAAGCGAUCAAGCCAGCGCUUGAACCAUCACAUAGAACAUGAUGGGAGGGGAAAUGAUCACCAUCAACAACGUUGGUCCCGGGACUACAGAGAUUACAGGCCUCCCGGUGUUGACUCGGUAAAAAGUCCUACCAUCUUCACUCCAAGGUAUGGCGGUCACGAAUCUAGUUAUGGCUCCCGUAGUCCAAGAGAUAAUUUUUCAACAUCAAGGAGCCAAAAUUUGGGGAGGCUCCACUCGGAUAGAGGUAGAAAAAGCCCAAGGCUUGACGAUGAUUACUCGAGAUAUGGCUCUUACAGUUCCUCCCCGUUUUCGCCACCUAGAAGACGCUGAUAUUUGGGGAUCGACAGAUUCUGUAGAAACAAACAUUCUGAAAGAAUUGUGGGUGUGAAGUAGACUUGACGUUUUUAUUUCAAAGCUGGUGAAGAAUAUUUAACCUUGCAGGCAGUUGACAGAGGAAGUUUCUGAAACAAACGAGAGAUAGAACGUGUAUAAAAGAAUCAUAGUUUGGUGAAACUGAGACAUUAGUUGAUGAAUCUGCACCUUCUGUUGUAUAUGGGUUAUUCACUUAGAGAGAUAACUGAAUAUCGAGAAUACUGCAUCGAGAUGACAGGAUUCGACAGGAACAUUCUUUUGAAUGAUUCUCAGGUCGGACCGAAAAUAUGAUUUUAGGUGAGGGAAAGACUAGCAUUGUUUGUUUCAUUAGAAAAAAACCGUAUAAUCCGAAGAACGAGUUGUAGUAUCAUUUAUCUUAUUGUGUUAUUACCAGG